UUGCUAGUUUUAACAUUUGUCUUUGUCUAAAUAGGUAUGCAGUGGAACUGAUGAAGACACUGAUGAUAAAAAUGCACCAUUUCGACAACGGCCAUUUUGCAAAUAUAAAGGACAUACUGCUGAUCUCCUUGAUCUUUCAUGGUCUAAAAACUACUUUCUGCUCUCUUCUUCGAUGGAUAAAACAGUCAGGUUAUGGCACAUUUCCAGAAGAGAAUGCCUUUGCUGUUUUCAGCAUAUAGAUUUUGUUACUGCCAUAGCUUUUCAUCCAAGAGAUGACAGGUAUUUUCUGAGUGGUUCAUUGGAUGGAAAGCUCCGCCUUUGGAACAUACCUGACAAAAAAGUGGCUUUGUGGAAUGAAGUAGAUGGUCAAACAAAAUUGAUCACAGCUGCAAAUUUCUGUCAGAAUGGCAAAUAUGCAGUGAUUGGGACAUAUGAUGGCAGGUGCAUUUUCUAUGAUACAGAGCAUUUGAAAUACCACACACAAAUACAUGUACGAUCUACCAGAGGACGCAACAAGGUUGGAAGAAAAAUUACCGGCAUUGAGCCUUUACCAGGAGAAAAUAAGAUACUGGUAACCUCAAAUGACUCCAGAAUCAGACUAUAUGAUCUUAGAGAUUUGUCACUUUCCAUGAAGUAUAAGGGUUAUGUCAACAGCAGCAGCCAGAUCAAAGCAAGUUUCAGCCAUGAUUUUAGUUACCUCGUUAGUGGCUCAGAAGAUAAAUAUGUUUAUAUCUGGAGUACUUACCAUGACCUAAGCAAGUUUACUUCAGUCAGGAGAGAUCGUAACGACUUUUGGGAAGGUAUUAAAGCACAUAAUGCAGUUGUUACAUCAGCCAUCUUUGCCCCUAACCCAAGCUUGAUGUUGUCUUUGGAUGUGCAAUCUGAAAAGUCAGAAAGUGAAGAUGCUGAAGUUUUAGAUACCAUACCCUCUGGUAUUAUGAAGACAGAUAAUACAGAAGUUCUUCUCUCUGCUGACUUCACUGGAGCAAUCAAAGUAUUUAUUAACAAAAGGAAAAAUGUAUCUUAAUUUGAAAUGCCAUUUAAAUAAAUACAUCAGUAACUUUAUGUAUCAGAAUUGAAAAAAAUUAUAGUGUUUUAGGCUAACAUCCUUUUUUUAAUUUUUGUGGGAAGAUAUUCAAAUAUAAUAUAUUUUUUGAGAGGCAGUGUUAAUGAUCUAGUAAACCCUGGACUGAUAAACUAGAAAGGAAUGUGGCUAGAAUAACAUUGCCAAAUAUUAGGCUUUACAUUUGUUAUAUUUGUGUUUUUGUUAUAUAAUUGUGAACAUGCACAGGUUUUUGCAUGAAAAUAUAUUAAUAUAUUAAUCCCAUGUGUGUGCCUUUUGGUUACAUGCACUAAAUCUUAACAAAGUUAAAUUAUUUCAAUGGCUCUUUUGGCCUCUUACUGGGGAAGGAGUCUUGUUUCUAGCUUAAACAAUUUCUUUUGCACAAAAUUUCAUUUUUAAGAAAAGUGGUAUCUUUUGACUGAGUUAUUGUUUUAAAAAUGUUAUAUAGGUUUUCAGUAGGUCAACAACCAUGUGUAAAUGGUUUUUAUAAAUUUCUCAAUUUGGAGACAAGAUUUUGUUUGUGGUCUAAAUUGUGGACUUAAUGAUUCUUUUCUUUGUAUGUAUAUAUAUAUAAUUUUUUUGCCACACUGGAGCACAAUGUUUCUAUGUAAAGAUUUUUUUUCAUUCUUUAUCCAUGAGCACCAGGCUUUGCUCACUUAAAAAAAAAUUAAGCCGCAUUAAGGAGUGAGUCUUCUUUUUUACAAUAAUGUAAAAUUGAACUGUUUACAUUUUUUUAAAACAUUGUAGUUUUAAAAACUAAGCUGUUUUGUUUUGUGUUAUUGAACUUGAAAGCCUUUGUAAAUAUUGAUAUAAUGUACCAAUGAAAUAACAUCUGGGGCAAUGGUACCCUGAUCAUGUCAUUGAUGAUUAGCAUAUGUUUCUGAAAAUUAAAUAGUUUAUUAAAAGUUGGUCACCAACACCUG